AUGAAGGUGUAUAAACCAAUCACUAUUAGCACAGUAAAUGGCUUAUCCAGAGCGAGAUCAUUGCGAAAAGAUUUGGCGCAUCCAAUCAGCUCUCAAGGACGUGAUAUUAUUCUGCAAUGUUUCGAAAAUCCUCAUUCGGAAUUUGGUAACAAGGUCUUGCAACGAAUAUUCGAGAAACGGCCAGACUACCAAAAAUAUGUUUACGCACUUGGUAAGGAGCGAGCUUAUCAGAUGAGUGUCAGGCUCAAGGAUCUUGUGGAGGAAGUUGUUGCUAAGGUCCUUAAACGAUUUUCUCAAAUUCAUUUCUCCUAA